GCUGUUUGGGGUAAACAAAAACCGGCGAACGAAAUUUAUUUUAACCCUAUUCUUUAAGAAAUGUUGAAGAUAAAUAGGCAUUUCCUACAGUUCUUGCGCCACGCCCACAAGCAGGUGCGCGUCCGUUUUGCGCCAAGUCCCACGGGUAACCUGCAUUUGGGCGGAUUGCGCACGGCCCUCUACAAUUUCCUGUACGCCCGGCAUUUGGGCGGUAAAUUCCUGCUCCGAAUCGAGGAUACGGACCAAACGCGACUGGUUCCGGGUGCCAGUGAACGUCUGGUGGAGGAUCUCCUCUGGGCGGGUAUAGAAAUUGACGAGGGACCAGGUUUUGGCGGUCAACUGGGACCCUAUGUACAAAGUCAACGGACGGAGAUUUACAGCCAAGCCAUUGCAGAACUUCUCCAAAACGGCACAGCCUAUAGGUGUUUUUGCACCGAACGUCGACUGGAUUUAUUGCGUAAGGAGGCGUUGAGAACUCGCCAAGUUCCACGAUAUGAUAACAAGUGUAGGCAUCUCACGGCGACGGAAAUCGAUUCCCUACUGGCUAAGGGAGCACCCCACUGCAUCCGAUUCAAGUUGACUGAGCACGAGGAACCCCUGGAGGAUCUUAUAUACGGCAAAGUGCACCACAAUGUCAGCGACAACGAAGGAGAUCCCGUGGUCAUGAAGAGCGAUCAGUUUCCCACCUAUCACUUUGCCAACGUGGUGGACGACCAUCUAAUGGGCAUCACCCAUGUCUUGAGAGGAGUGGAGUGGCAGAUAUCCACAACCAAGCAUUUGCUGCUCUACAAAGCUUUUGGCUGGCAGCCACCCGAAUUCGGUCAUCUGCCGCUUCUCGUAAAUGCUGAUGGCACCAAGCUUAGUAAAAGACAAGGAGAUAUUGGCAUCCAGCAUUUCCGGCAACGGGGAUACUUUCCUCAAGCCCUAAUUAACUAUGUGGUCUCAGCGGGCGGUGGAUUCGAGCAUAAAGCCAAUGCCAAGCAGAAGUUGCUCAGUAUGCAGGAACUCUUUGAGCAGUUCCAUAUAGAACGAGUAAACUCUCAUCCCAGUCGCCUGAAUCCCGAACUGCUGGAUGAUCUCAAUCGUCUGGAGAUUGCACAACGAUUGUCGGAUCAGGAAAGCCGUUUGAAAUUGGUCAAUCAAGUUCAUGAGCUGGUCAAAAACGCCUAUCCACAGCACUCCAACUUAGAUCUAGCUGAAGAUCACAUAGCGGAUGUCUUAAAUUGGUCCUCAAAACGAUUGACACUGCUUCAAGAUUUGACCAGCAGCAAAUUAAGUUUUCUUUGGGUCAAGCCCUCGAAUUUUCAACUAAAAGACCUGACAUCAGAGCAAUUAGUUGGGCUGCUUAAAGUACUACAAGCAGAUCAAGACUUUAACAAGGAUGGGCUCAAUAUAAAGUUGAAAAACUUUGCUCAAGGAGAAAACAUUAAAUUCCCACUAAUGAUGAAAUCCCUAAGAUCAGCUUUAAGUGGCUUAAAAGAAGGUCCUGGCGUGGCGGAAAUGAUGGAAAUCCUUGGAAAAUCUGUUACUCUGGAGCGAAUCAGAGAAGCUAUACCUAGACAAUCGCUUCAAAAUCAAAAAUUUGGUUGAGUUUGGUUACUUUUGAUUAUAAAUUAUGGAAUUAGAUCAAGCUGGAGACAACAUAAGUUUGAUUGAUUGUUGACUAAUAUUUAUGAAAGCUACGUGUGUGUUUUUUUAAGGAAACAUGCCUAUUUCUAAUUUUAAUGAAUGCUCUAAG